AUGCCGGAAGCCUUGAACAAUCACCUCCCAUUUACGGGGUUGUCCACCCUGACGCCCUUGGAAGAGCUGGGUAGAAGAGGACUUCAGGUGCCUCCCGGAGUCCGGGCAUCGAGCCCGUCUUCCGGGCACGGCGGGAGCUUGCCGAAGUGGACGUUUCUGAUCAUCAUCAUCAUCGCCAGGUGCCCUGAUUUUUAUCACGUGAUCCCAAACAAUGAUCAUCUCGGCAAUCAAUCACAGCUUCUGAUCCGGUCUCUGUUGAAUUCAACCGGCAAGCAAUUCGGCUUGACCACUUUCAACACGGUCUUGAUUUCAGCCUUCCAAUUUCGAUCAGAUCGAUCCCGGCUUGCCCGGCAACACUUCUUGAUUCCUGAUCCAUUGCCUUCCUCAUAA